GGUUUUUCUGUCCGUCCUCCCUCCGGCCGCUCCCGGGCUGACGGCCCCGGUCCGCUCGGCCUCCCAGGGAGGCGCCUCCGCGGCGCGGGUGGAAGCCCCGGCCCUCCCCGGGCCCGCCGGACCCUUGGGCGACAUGCUCACCAAGACCCUCGGAGCCCUCUUCGCCACGCCCGGGAAGGACAAGGAGGCUUUCGAGGCCGUGUACCAGCUGGGCAGCCUGUUGGGCAAGGGCGGCUUCGGCACCGUCUUCUCCGGGCACCGCAUCGCCGAUGGGCUCCAGGUGGCCAUCAAGCUGAUCCCCCGGAACCGCGUGCUGGGGUGGGCCCCUCUGCCGGACUCCCCCCCGUGCCCGCUGGAGGUGGCACUUCUGCGCAAGGUGGGAGCGGGGGGCGGGCACCGGGGCGUGAUCCGCCUGCUGGACUGGUACGAGACCCCCGAGAGCUUCCUCCUGGUGUUGGAGCGGCCCGAGCCGGGCCAGGAUCUGUUCGACUACAUCACCGAGCGGGGCCCGCUGGGCGAGGGCCGCUGCCGCCACUUCUUCCGGCAGGUGGUGGCGGCCGUGCGGCACUGCCACAGCCGGGGCGUCGUGCACCGGGACAUCAAGGACGAGAACAUCCUCGUGGACCUGCGCCGGGGGGAGGUCAAGCUCAUCGACUUCGGCUCCGGCGCCCUGCUCCGCGACGAGCCCUACACCGACUUCGACGGCACGAGGGUGUACAGCCCGCCCGAGUGGAUCGCCAGGCAGCAGUACCACGCUCUCCCGGCCACCGUGUGGUCCCUGGGCAUCCUGCUGUACGAUAUGGCCUGUGGGGACAUCCCCUUCGAGAGGGACGAGGAGAUCCUGGGUGCUCAGCUCCACUUCCGAGACCACGUGUCCCUGGGCUGUCAGGCCCUGAUCCGCUGCUGCCUGACGCCGGACCCGGCCGAACGCCCCACCCUGGAGCAGAUACUUCUGGACCCCUGGUUGCAAGAGCCUGGAAGAGAGUUCAAGGAAAGGAAGCGAAUUGGAAGCUGGCCACAUCCCUGGCUACGGUUUUCGGCUCAGGGGAAGUUGGAGGUAUCAGCCCCGAGAACUGGGGCCGUUGGGGAUGGGGGCGGCGGGAAGGGAAUAGCUUAUUGAGGUCCAAGAUGCCCUCCGUGCCCUAACUCCGCUCCCCUCCCCACCCUCAAACUCCACACCCCAAUGAAUUCCGGCGUCAGGCCGGGAUUGUGUUUGAUUCAUCUUAUGUGUAAAUACUUGUGUAUUGCCAUGAGCCGGACUGGGGCCUACGCUCUCCCACUGGCCCUGGGCUAGUCCUUGCCCGGGCUCACUCGACUAUUUAAACUAGCACAAAGAGAGGGUCUAUUUAAUAAAAUGGUAUUGAGCCUGA